AUGGAUUCAAUAAAUCCUGACGAUUUUUCGAAGUCCCAGUUACAAAUCUGGUGCAAAAACCUAGGUUUACCAGAUACUGGCACUAAAAAUGUGCUAGCCGAACGUUUAAACCAACUUAGCCCUGUAGCGAGAGGGCAACAUCCAAAAGAUGGAGCUGCUCCUAACGGAGGCCUAAGUAAACGCGCGGAUCCCCCUGAAAAAGAUAGCUUGGAGCACCUAAAGAGCAUUUUGUAUUCAUCGGACGAUGGCGCCGGUCAGACGCAAAAUUUCGAGGAAGACUUGUUCCAAGGUCAACAGCAGCAAGAAGUAACGGCAAACGAACAGAACGAAGCAGAAAAUGGACAGAACGAAGCAGAAAAUGAUCAAAACGAUGCAGAAAACGAGAGCAUUACGAAUGAACCGCAAGAAAUAUCAAAAGCAACAAAUGAGAAGUCAAAUGAAAAGAGCAACAACGGAGAGCGCAACGCAACAAAUGAGAAGUCAAAUGAAAAGAGUAACAACGGAGAGCGCAACGCAACAAAUGAGAAGUCAAAUGAAAAGAGUAACAACGGAGAGCGCAAUGGAACAAAUGAGAAGUCGAAUGAAGAGAGCCAAAAAGAAGAAAACAUAGUAAAGCAGGGGUAG